AUGAGUAUCAUAAAGUUAAGUUAUGUAGCCUUUGAUAAGCAAUGCGAUAGUAAUUUGCUGAGCGCAUACUAUCUAGCCAAACAAGGAUAUAGACACUUGCAAUCAAGGACAGGUGACUUCCCAUUUUUCUUUGGUACAGAAGGCAAAUUUCUAUUUGCAGCAUGGCAUUUGAGACUCGGUCACGUAGGCAAAGACAGACUGCUGAAAAUAAUUAGCAAUCUGAAAACAGGAAAAUAUCUAAAUCUGAGUUAUUCUAGACUCAAAGAAAUAUCAUUCUACUGUAAAACAUGCCCGGAAAUGAAGGACCGACGCAUGUCGUAUAGAAACAUGGUGGGAGAUAAGCCGACGGAGCCGCUACACACGCUCCAUAUGGACACUACAGGGCGCCUUAAACUGAAUGGUCUGUACGGAUCAUUCGGCUACCGAUAUGCACUUGCGGUGGCA